UCCAAAGAUCAAGAUUUUUGUAUGAAAUAUUUAAAUUAAGAAUUUGCGCGAUUUCAUCAGUGCUUUUGAGUCUGAUGUCUCUAGUCAAGGCCCAUUCGUCUACGUUGGCAACCAAAUGUGGAAGUCUUGAAACAUGAUUUGGUAGUAUGCCUGCCUGAUAUUUAUACAAAUUCAUGCACUAAAUAUGUAAAUUCUUCAUUAAAUGGCUUAAUUGAGUUAAAUGAAAGCAUUUAUCCUGCUCUUAAGGGCUUUCGCGGAUCAUAUGACUACAAGAUGAUUGCUCGCAUUAAUCCGUUUUGGUUGACUUUUGAACCACCAAGCGAUACAUCGUAUUAUAUAAUGGGGACCUUGUACACGAUUAUAUUCGUGUUUGGUGUAACCGGCAAUGGAUUGGUUAUCUAUAUGUUUGCUAGAUGCAAAGCAUUACGGACCACUUCCAAUAUAUUAGUUUUCAACUUGUCUCUAAGUGAUUUAAUGAUUGUCAUCAAGUGUCCUGUUGCAAUUUAUAAUAAUUUUAUGCGUGGACCUGCCCUAGGAGAUUGGGGUUGCCGUUUAUAUGCAUUUGCCGGCGGAUUUAGUGGCACAGCCUCUAUUUGCCUAUUGACUGUCAUCUCUGUAGAUCGUUAUAGUGUCGUAGUAAAUCCUUUAAGUCCUAUGCGUUUUAAUUAUCAAUCAAAAUUAUUAUUUCUUGUACUAAUAGCCUGGCUAGAAGCUUUUUUCUUCUCUGUUAUACCGCUACUCGAAGUGGGUCUAUCGGUUUAUGUGCCCGAGGGUUAUUUAACCACCUGUUCCUUUGACUAUUUGGACAAAACCAUGCCAGCACGGGUGUUUAUGUUCUUAUUCUUCUUCUUUGCCUGGUGUAUACCGUUGAUGAUUAUAUUCUAUUGUUAUUUUCAUAUCCUGCGAGCCGUGUUUAAAUCCAAGAAAAUACAAUGUAGUCACAACAAACAAAAAGUUGAAGAACGUUUAGCAUUCAUUGUAUUGCUUAUUAUUGGUUUAUGGUUUUUGGCUUGGACUCCUUACUCCAUAGUUGCUAUGGCAGGGGUUUUUGGCAUGGAGGUAUUGACACCCGAUCGUUCCAUGAUUCCGGCCUUGUUUUGUAAAACAGCUGCCUGUCUGAAUCCGUUUCUCUAUACAAUUUCUCAUAAGAGAUUUCGCAAUGAAUUGCAACGUUUGUUCUGCAAACGUAAACCAAUUUAUCAAUAUUCUAUGACACGUUCUUCCUAUGUUACUCGCUCGACCAGACGUAAUCGCAUUGAUCCGGCGGUGUUGGAUAAUACAAAUGCUAAACAAUUGGAAAAAUAUCGUAAUAAUUUAAAAUCAAAAAUAUCUAUAGAUAAUGCCACUAUUGGUGGUGUAGUCAAUUGUAGUCUUUAUGGCGCUAGUGAGGCAGCAGCAGAUAUUUUCCAUAAACGAAAACGUCACAAGAAAUCUUCAAAUUUUGGGAAGAAACAAAUAAGUCCGGAAUUGUCUUCGGAAGAACCUGGUAUUUUUGUUCUAGAACUAGGCGAUUACAAAACUCCCAAGACACAACCCUCAUUAGAGACUAACUUUUAAAGGAGUAGUUCAGUUUUA